GUUUUAGUUAAAUUUACCAUCUAAAAGUUCCAAUAUAUUGCAGUUCCAAUACAAAAAAGACAACAAUAACAGUAUCAUCAUCAGCAACAACGCCAACACCAUCACCAUCACCAGCAAUGGUAAACAUAAGUAAGAGCUCUCCAGUCGACCAGAAACCAACACAGCCUGAUUUGCCGGUGGUCAAAAUGGUUUUAAUUGCGGUGAUAGUCUUUGUAUCGCUCAUGGUGAUUGCAUGUGUAGUGUUCGCAACUGUAGUCUGCAGGAAACUCAAACACAGUGGACAAACUAAAGAACAACAACGGCCGAACUCUGUAGCAAACAGAGUAUAUGCAACUGAAGGUUUUCAUAACAUGCAAAUAGACGAUGAGGAGUACACACUCAUAUCUGACAUGGAAAUUGAACAUCAGUCUUCUGAACCGUAUAAACCACCCGUUCCAGAUCGAGGCAGCAAUACGAGCAAAGACAAAGACACUAAAGAGAUAGAGAUUGUAACUCUGGCAGAGUACAGUUUACCGUCUGACAAUGUUAGAGUUGGUUGUAAGAUUUCUCAGAUUUCAGACUAUUGCAUGACGACGUAUGAUGACCCCAUACGACUUAAGUUGAAAGAAGAACAUAAAAAGAAAGGCGACAGCGUUCGUAUUGAAAACUGUUUACCUGAUGGUAAUGAUCCACGACCAAACAAAAGAGACCGUAAAACUAAUUCAAAAAAUUUGGAUAGGAAUUCUUGGAACAGUCAGGUGAGUGAUAGGAAUUCUCGGAACAGUCAGAUGAGUUCUUUAUAUCCUAACUCAGCGACAGCGGACAUUGGAAUCGAUACACAAAGUACGGCGGCUUUGUCGGAGGUAAAAUAUGCAAAGAACAGACAUGAAACCAUUGAUUUAGAAAAUACAACACAUACAAAGCAAAAUGAAGAUACAUAUGAAGACAGUGUGACAAAAAUGGACCAAAAACAGGGUAAGGAAAUUCUCGAGAACUUAGGUAUCCAUGAAACUCUAUCGGGAGAAAAUGAUAUAAAAGAAAAUCCGGGUGACGAUAGCGACUACGAAGAUCCGAAUAUACUUGAAGGUAAUUUUCCGACCAAAUGCUCUUCGCCGUUUGAGGAACAUGUUUGUUUGCAUUGCUUAAAGCCAGAACAUUUGACGAAACUUGGAAUAAAAAUAAUUUCUGACGAUAUGUAUGAAAAAAGCAAAAUCAUACGAAGAAGUAUUUCUGACCCGUCCGCUCGGGUAUACUACAAUAAGGUAGACAUUGGCAGCGGUGAAGAAGAAGAAAUAAAACUACAAGAUGACCAGAAACAUGAAAGAGAUCGUGUUAAAAAUGAAGAAGAUACAUUGACAGAUUUAAAUGUUGUAAGAAGAAAGAAAACUACUGCCACUGCAAGGAGGUGUAGCGUGUGUCACACAGUGUAUGAUAAACUUGGUGAUACACAACAGAAUGCAUGGGCUAAUUGUACAGAUAAUGUUUAUGACAAGUUUGGUAAUUUUAAACAUUUCAAACAUCGCGGCCAGGUAAGUGGUAAACGUAUGAAUUCCACAUAACCAUGAAACGAAGGAAACCCUAUUCUAGAAGCAUAUCAUUUUAUUUUAUUGAUAACCUGCUGAUUGAGAAAUAAUUGGCCUUGUGUUCCUUUUAGCGCGAGACUGAAUCAUGAAUGUGAAUAUGUUUGAAACCUGUACUAUUUAAACGGUUUGAAUGUGAAAUGGAAGGAGACUUAUUAUAUAAGAGGCAAUGUCGGUAAUGUAAACAGUUUGAAUAUUGUGUCUUCAACUGCCUGCUCCACAUACACAAUUGUGAACUUCUGCAAUUAGUGCCCUAAGAAUUAAACCAAUUCUAUGAUACACAGAUUCUUGAAAAUUGAUUUGAAAAUACAAAUUUUAGCUAAAUGUUUAACUUACUAUGUGUAAAACAUUUAUUUUAUUUUAUCAAAUCUGAAAAUGCUAAAAUCAGCGAACCGUUACAAGACCUAUGCAGUUAAAAAAAUAACGAAACAUUGUAUAGAAUUAUACACAUACCUAAACUGCGUUAGUCAAAUUUGCCGGUCAUAACCUUUAAUAAAAUUAAGGUAUCUUUGUCUCUCGAACCUUUUGUAGUUUUAAAAGCAUCCAUGUUGUCAAUGUUGAUCCAUUCUAAAGGACUUAAAGAAGAAGGUCAACAGUAAGUGGCAACCAGAGGAUAAGAACACACUGUUGUUCGUUAAAAAGUCACAUGACCAAAAGGUUCUCCGGAACUCAAUAUUAUGAUCACUCGAUUCAUGGUCUCGUUUAGACUGGACACUUUAUUUGGUGUCCUGUGGCCACCUUUUUUUUUUACUCUGUUGUAUGCAUGCACCGUUUUACAUGUAAACAUCUGAUACGUUUUGUGCAAAAUGGCAGAUGCUAGUGUUUUCAUUAUUAUAGAUAUUACCUGUAAACUAAUUGUCAAAUGCAAUGUCUCAUGCAUUUGUUUGAUGCAGGAAUAUAUGCAGUUUAUCUGUAACAUUCGAAGAAUAAAAUCCUAUUGAAACUUAUAGAA